UCUUGGUGAGUAGAUCUACAUGGUGAGAACAGGCAGAUAGUUAUGAUACGUUGCUGUCUCUCUUCAUUUGCGACAUUGUAGAUCCCCAUUCAUCUCUGUCUGUCAGCUGUCUAAAAGGGUCUUGUUUGCACGCGUCAUCCUUCCUCCCACAUCUCUCACCCGUUGCAUAAAAACCAGAGCCAAAGCCUUUCAUAUUCGUUGUUAUCCUUUUGUUCAAGUUCGCCGAAUUUGCUUUUGUCAACCAUACCAAGACUCUGACUUUGGCAAAGGAAGUGGGAAAUACGGAGUUUGCUUCAUCUCUUGUAGCAACACGACUGUUGGCUGAUCAACACGCCCAUGCAUCGAUCAUCGGCCAUGACGGGACCCGGUGGGAGCGGGUGGUCGCACGGCGGAGACCGCGUGACACACGUGUCCUAUCACCGCAAGCCGGGCUUCUUCCAGAAAGCCGGCGACUCGCUGUGCGGUGCCGUCUUUGGGUUCAUCUUGCUGGUUGCAGCUGUACCGGUGCUCUUUCUGAACGAGGGCCGUGCUGUGCAAACAGCCCAGUCGUUGGACGAGGGACUGGCCAACUGUGUCAGCCUGCGAUAUGGUAGCCCACCAUUCGAGUCGAAUGAACAACGUCUCAUACACAUCAGUGGAGAACUGUCAAGCAGGAUGCCGCUUGAAGACACACAGUUUGGCGUCAGCAUGACUGCUUUUCGCCUUGAGCGACGUGUGGAAAUGCUGCAGUGGGUCGAGUCGCAAGAAACUCGCGAGUAUGAGGAUCGCGGCGAGACCCGUCGCGAGACCACCUACUCGUACAACCGGGAUUGGCGAUCCGAUCUCGUGCGCAGUGACUCCUUUGAGGAGUCCCUGCGUCAUCGCAAUCCAGCGAUGUUUCCAAUCUCCUCAUCAACCUUUGAGUCACCCGUUGUGAACGUGGGCGAAUUCUCGCUGUCCAAUGGUCUCCUGAGUAAGCUUCGAACGGAGAGCACCAUCCAGCCACAGUCGGUAGCCAGGCUUCGACUGGGACCCGGUCAGAAGAUCUGGGAUAGCUAUGUUGUGCAGGCUGUCGAUCCAUAUAACUUUCAGGUUGGUGAUGUUCGUAUUCGCUGGGUGUACAUGGGAUGUACGCAGGACACAGGAGGACAGGCUAUGUCCGGACAACUGUGUGUGCCACAGCAGGUCAGUAUUGUUGGCCGGCAGGUGGGCUCCACAAUAGGCGCUUAUCAGACCAACGCCGGCGAUGUCCUGUGGCUACUUUAUGAAGGAACAAUGUCAGCAAAGGCUAUCUUCGACGCUGAGCACAGCAGCAACAAUGCAUGGACUUGGGUGCUGCGCUUGCUCGGUUUCUUCAUGAUGUUCAUCGGUCUUAGCCUGAUCACGUCCAUUGUCACCACCAUCACGUCUUACAUCCCUUUCUUGGGCGCACUGGUUAGCUUUGGCGUGUUCUUGUUGAACAUAUCGUUGGCAAUGAGCUUGUCUCUGCUUGUCAUCGCUAUUGGCUGGCUGCGGUAUCGUCCAGUUCUUGCCAUGACCCUUUUAGCCAUUGGCAUGAUGCCGUACCUGGUGGCCAACCUCAAGUCCAAGCCGAAGAAUGAAGAUUAGUUUUAUUUCUGCAAAUUGCUCAACGUGCCACUUUGUUGAACCCUGCGCCUAAGAAUUUCAAGACUGAGGGGGUCAUGAAAGAAAACAUCCGAACUUGUCCUUCCUUGACGCUAACAUCAGGACAGUAUAAGUUGCCCAAAGUGGUCUAUGCAAGGCAGUUCUUAGUAACUUCUUACUAUGAUGCAUUGCACUCCUUCAAAUUGUUAUUCUGCUGGUGCAUUUGUCUGCAAAACAUGAGAGAGUAUUGUGCGUGCUUCGGUACGGUGGCUAUAUUCAUAUUUCUGAACACAUAGAACUUAUUUUCUUGUACGAAUGCCCGGAGCAGGUUUCCAGAGCUGUUUUUUUUUUGCACUAUAGCUGGUGUGUAUGCUAGUCGCUAGUCUAUACUUGCCUUGCGUGUAUUAUUUUCAAAUUUCGUCUGCGAAUCUACUAGUACUACUGACUUGCAUUGACUACCUUCUGAACUGGAUUCUCAUCGUUGUUAUAUGGACGGACUAGAGUCACUAGACUGCUGCAUUGCUCACCUGUACUGUACUGUAGGAAAGUUUCCAUAUCAAAUCCUAGAUGUAUCCAUGUACCUGAUGGACAGAUAUAUGCCCAUGAUACUACAUGUAUGUGACAUCAACUUACUUACAUGUAAUGUGUAUGUUUAACUUACUUACAUGUAAUGUCCA